CUCGUCGCGUCGAGGUUUCAAGGGUUCCUCCGAGCUCCGGGUACGGGUACAACGGCCGCGCCGGCUAGCUGGCGAACCUGAUGCAUGCAUAUCGCAAUAUAUACGGACUGUACUACGGUGUCGGUGCAGCUUCGGAGCAGCUCAGUACAGUACGCCGGUAACUUGGCCAAAUUGUUAUUUGUAACAGUUUCAUUAUACGGAGAAUUGUAAAACUUAAUCGGAGUGAUGUUUCGGAGAGACGUGUAGCAAUAUUUUAUAAAUUUUCUUUAUCCAUGGUGAUUUGGAGAGCAGUAAAACUCGAGGAAUAUGGACCAAAAGUAAACCAGACAGAGUCAGAGGCGUGCUGUGUUGUCAAGCAGUCUUGGGUGAGGUUCGCCGUAAGAGCUGGCAUGGUCUACGGCUAGGCCGUAGCGUUUGUUUUCGCAUGGCGUAGGACCGGCCUAAGUCUGAUUUUAUGGAUUUUGCGCGAGCUCCUGCUUUAAAAGGUGUGCAUAUUUCAGUCAAUAUUCAACUUCAGGAAUGGACGAAUAUUAAAGGAUCCCAUACCGGUACUAUUAGUAUUAUUCAUUCAUGAUUUAUUUCACUGUGCGAAAUGCCAAAAUGAACUUGAGUUAAAAUAAACUUUCAGAAUCAGAAUUUAGCAACACAAAAUUAGAGUCUAACUCUAACUUUGGCAUGCCUUGCCCUUAGCUUGGAUGGAAGCAAAACGGAAUUAAAUGAUAGGGAUGGCAUCAUCAAAAGUCAGGACUGUAGGAGUUGGAGGACGGUGUGGCCUUCAGUCAAACUGCAGGAUGGAUUGGAGUGAAAUGUGUGUGGCUGAAGGAUUGUUGAUGUCCUGUGCAACAGAUAUCAGGAGGAGGACACAUGGCUGUCAAAUACACCGGAAAAUGGCAUUGUCGUGGAGAGUAUGUGUGACUGUAUUUGCAUUAUUGUCACUAAUGUCUGUCAGAACAUGUGUAGCACAGGAAUCUGUAUCUGUUUAUUACAGUGUGAAAGAAAAUCAACCCAUUGGGACAUUUGUGGGAAAUCUACAGGAUGACACAUCUUUCAACCCGACAUUUACAACUUUUGAUCAAAUUACAGAAUUCACGCUAGAGCAAGAGACAGGAAUAAUAAGAACUAAUGUAGUCAUAGACAGAGAGACUGCAGAUGAACAGGAAAUUAUCAUGAUUGUGUUUGCUGGUGCAACAUUUGGACAAACCAUUGUGGUUACAAUCCGGCUAAAUGAUACAAAUGACAACAGUCCAAUAUUUUCUCAAAAUAACAGGACGUUUGAAGUGACUGAGGCGGUUCAGCCUUACAUGACUAAAAUCAAUGGAGUUACUGCAACUGAUGCGGAUGAAGGUAUAAAUGGCAUUCAAGGAUAUCGAAUUGUUGAUGGAAAUAUUGACAACACUUUUGAUCUUGAUGUUCGAGUUAGGGAAUCUGGUGUCUACAUGGAUAUCAUUGUCAAUAAGACCCUUGAUCGUGAAACAAUCUCUUUGUACACAUUGGUUAUUGAGGCCUAUGAUGGAGGAGACCCACAGCUCACUGCAAAUACCACAGUCAAUAUCAAAGUAACGGAUGUGAAUGACAACUCACCAGUAUUCACCCAGACUUCUUUUACUGCCAUCAUCAAUGAGAGUGCUCCUGUAAACUCAUCUGUGCUUCAGGUGACAGCAUCUGAUGAGGAUGAAGGGUUGAAUGGAGAGGUUGUCUUCAGUCUACAAAGAGAUGAUGGCUUCUUCAGAAUUGAUCCUGCAACUGGAAUAGUGUAUCUGAACAAGGCCCUGAACUAUGAAGAUGCCCAGGCCCAUGAUUUCCUUGUCAUUGCUCAAGAUAAAGCAGAACCUCCAAUGUCUAGCCAGCCUGCCUAUGUAUCCAUCAUGGUGGUGAACAUCAAUGAAAGACCACCAUCUCUUGAAGUUCUCUUUCUUCCUGAAGGCGGAGCGCCACAGGUCUCGGAAGCAGCAGUUGCAGAUACCACCCUGGCACGCAUCUCUGUCACAGACCCUGAUGAUGGUGUCCUAACCAAUGUCUCCAUGACUAUCAGAGGCGGUGCUGGCCAGUUUGACCUUGAAAAGAAUAGCAACCAAGUUUAUUUUCUUAUUGUGGCAAGCACUGCAAAUUCAUUUGAUCGAGAGGAGGUGGCAAAUUAUGACAUUUCAAUCAGAGCGACUGAUUUUGGAUCACCACCACAGCAUGCUGAGGUGAACCUGACCAUUGCAGUGACUGAUGUCAAUGAUAACCCACCCAUCUUUGACCUUCCCAUUUACCAUGCCACCAUCAUUGAGGCAUCUGAACCUGGUACCCCAGUCAAGCAGGUCCAUGCAACAGAUGCUGAUGAAGGUGCCAAUGCACAGAUCAUCUACAGGAUAUCUCCUGAAGGCACCGAGUACUCUAACUGGUUUGACAUCAAUCCAAUGUCAGGUCUAGUGACUACCCUACAGAAGGUGGAUAGAGAGGAAACAGGAUCUGUUUUCCUAGAAGUGAUUGCCAGUGAUGAAGGAGAGACAUCUUUGUCUUCAUCUGUGAUCAUCAAUAUCACCAUCACUGAUGUCAACGACAACCAACCUGUCUUCUUUCCAGGGUCUUAUAAUGCAUCAAUUUUGGAAGAACAGGAGAUACCUUACUGCUUUUUGCAGGUAAGAAACUUUUCUUGUAUUUUUUUUUAUUUAUUAACUUUUCAUUUUUCAAAACCAGAAAUUAAAAGGUAAGGGUAAUUUAGUUGAUAAGAAGCAUCUGCAACUUGGAUUGAUAAGGAUAUGGAGUCCUUGUGAAUCCAAGCCACUGAAAAAAAGUAUUAUUUGGUUAAAAGUCUUGGUCGUCUCCAAUAUUCUUAAUUACAUUUGGGGUUUAUCUCCCUAUUAAAGAAGAAUCUUAUUUCACAUUUUUAUAGAUUGCUAGGUUUUCAUCUUUCGUAUUAGAAAUUAAUGAACUAAAAGAAAAUAUUAUUUCACUGUCCAGUGGAGUAUAAUGCUUCGUGAAUUUGUUGGGCAAGUACAAGUAGCACUUCAUAAAAAUGUGCUGUUACCAAGUGUAUGUUUUAUUUUUCAAAAAGUGAGUAAUGGGCUACGUUUUGGAUUGGUGCACAGGGACUCUGUUUUAUAAUUAUAAGGGGAGCAAUAAAAAGCUCUCCUAGAACUUUUAAGGAGAGCGGUAGAGGAGCACUUCAAAAAGCUCUUCUUCAACAUACAAGGGGAGCUUUUUGCCCAAUUAACAAAAUGGAUGGAGGAAAUGUAUGUACUAAACUACUAUAAAAUUACAAUCAACAACCAAAGGAAGUAUUUAUAAUUGUUUUACAAUGUAUUGUAAUUAGAUUGUGUGUUGCAAAACCUGUUUUAGUUAGGUUUUGACUUUGGCUAAAAGUUAAGUCACUGACAUUUUUUUUUUUUUUUCGGGGGCUCCAUUUUAAUUUUUUUGUCAAAUUUCGGGGGCUCUUUUUAAAUGCUACUUUUUUGUAUUUUGAGGAAUACCUGUUCACUUAUUAAGGAAUUAUUACUUUGUUUAAUAUUGUAUGAUUUUUAAAGUUAUUUAUCAUGUUUAGAAUCUUGGAUGUGGGUGUGUGUGGAUGGGUGGGUGUGUGCGUGUGUGUGUGACUGUGAGUUGGACUUGAAUAUAAAUUAAUUCAAUAUCUAAUUUCUACUCCACUUAUUCCAGUACAAUACCCUAGUCAGCCAUGUACAUGUAAUAAAGGCCCACUUACCCUAACUUUUCCUGAAGUUAUUUGAAAACGCAGAUCUCCAUGAAAAUUUAAUUUCUCUAUGGGGGAGUCUAAAUUUGGUGAGAAUGUAUUCAUUAAGAACUUAAAUAUACAUGACAAUGAAGAAAUCAUCAAACUUUAUUGGCAGUUUUGAAUAAUAUUCCUGAAAUGUAAACUCUGUCUGAAACAGAAAAUCACCAUCAUUGAGGCCUUUACUGAGCGAAUUGUCCCCCAGAGCUCUGGCAGAGAGACAGAGCUCCAACUGGCUAGCUAGUAAAAGCGCCAAUGCGUGAGCCUGCCGCCGUCCUUGUAAAAAAGAUGGAGCUUUGUUUGAUGAUUUAUUGUCUGAUAUAAUACCUCAUCCCCUAGAAAAAGAAAACAAAUGAUUUUUUAGUUAUAAUUGAUAAAUUAGAUAACAUAUUUUGGAAGUUAAUAAGCCGUUUUGAAAAGCAAAGCCGAAUGACAACUCACCAAUGCUAGGUUACUAGACUCUGGGAUUUAUUUCCUGUGUAAUUCGAAUUAUUUUAUCACAGAAUUGUGAUAUCUGUAAGGGAAACAUGUGCAUUCGAAAUGGCACACGGUGGUAGUCAUAAUGGACCCGCUAUACAUGCAACUCUUUCCCGACCGUUGCGUUGAUUUUUUUUUCCAUACCUGGUACCAUGUGUAUGGAAAUACGUGGUACAGAAAAAAUAACGCAACUUCGGAAUUUGAAACUGCGCUACUCGCUACUUUUAAGGCUUAUUCGUGAUUUUGAGUGUGGAUUUUGAAUGGUUUUUAAAUGGUAAGCGGAGCUCGAGCAUAUGGCACUAGUGGGCCGUUGAGUUGUUAUCACUUGGCAAUAAUUUCGGGGGCGACAUUCAGAUUUUAUGUCGCCCCCGAAAGCAUGAUUUUGGGUGAUUUCGAGGGCGACUUUAGGCAUUUUCGCGCAGGUCAGCUAUCGCGAGGCGCGCUAUUAAUCGCGCUACCAAAAAUGGAUUAAGGCGCGCAUGUAGCGCGCGAUCGCUCUCGCGCGCCUUAAAAUCGAGUCCCUGUGGUGCAGUAUUGCUACUUGCUAAAUCUAUAAAUAUUGACAUAGCUGGAUGAAUGGUCUUAAUAUUUUUCCUUCAUGUUAAACUUUCUUCAUUCUGAAAGAAUUAACAAUUUUUCACUUUUGCAGUACAUAUGUCAUGUAUGUACCUUAUCCCCCCAACAUUCCUCCAAAAGCAAAGCAAAUCCCAGUUCUGAAUGUUGUAAUGUGUCAGUUCUUUGAUCAUGCCUCCUUUGUGACAUGAGAUUCAAAUAUUAUGGAAAUAUUCUCUCAAUAUUUGUUUUGAUGAGAAAAUCAAUUAUUUACUUUAAAGGUCUAUUGUUGGAGACAAAUGAAGAAAAUUUCAUCCUAGUGGAAUUUCUGGAAGUCAAUAACAUUUUCAAGUCACCACAUUACAUUCUCCAUUUUAAUCAUAUAUUCCAAAUAUUGGAGUGUGUAUUUAAUACCACCCACCAUCGGUGUACAUGUUGGUGCUGUGUUCUUACAUAAAAGUUUUAAUUUAACCAAGAUGAUUCAACUCCAACUGCAUUCAUAUUCCUGUAUAUAAUGAAUGAAUGCAGGCACUUCUUUAGAAACAAGCCUUCUUCCCUCUACUCUCUUUUCACUCCCAAGCCACAACCUACUUGAAUAGCCAUUGUUAUGCACAAUGAGAUGGAGGCAAUGAAAGAGCAAAGCCUAUCACUCUGUGUGCACAUACCAUCUACUAUGCUUCACAACAGUGUACUGUCUCCCCACCACCUUACCCCAAUGGAUAGCCAUUCCUUUGAUCUCUCCUGUCGCCAAACAGUAUGGAGGUGUCACAAUGGGUGCAGUGCUCACAGGCUUAUUCAUUAAAACCACAGUUCUAUCACCCAAAACAUUGCAAUUCUUUUGAUGGAUUAAGAGAUUAAAGAUGCUGAUUUUCAAAGCAAAGAGAAUCCAGUCAAAAGGAUGUAAGUUUUCAGUGGAUUAAAAAAAGAGAUGGGAAAGAAAAUGAUCCUAUUUCCUUUGAGUCACUGAACUCAAUUCCUUUAAACUUAUGAAUGAGUAUAAAUUAGAGGAGUUUUGUACUCUUCAUUGUAGCUUAUCGGCUGACAUACUUGUACCCAUAAAAUUUGCCCAAAUCCGAGUUCAUGAGGCCAAGGGUCUUUAUUUGAAGCAUGCAUCCUGUUGAAUGUUCAGCUCACUUAUUUUAUCUGAUGAGAUCAACUUUAAUUUUUUUCAUAAAUCGUCCGUAGAUGAUUUCAUGUAACAGAAAGAAAAUUUAUGAUAAAAACAUUUUAACUUGAAUAAGAGGUUAAAUAUUGGAGGAUUAAAAAUGAUUUGAUUCAAUUUUUUUAUACCAUGACACAGUGUGCAGUUCAAUAAGUAUAUACAUGUAGGUCAAGGGGCCUACAUACUGAGAAAAUUAUCUGAAUAUGAGAUAAUGAUUAGCGUACAGUUUAUGUCAGGCAAAUCUAUUCCAGAUAACAAAUUGAAGACUGUUAAUCCUUCAUUCUUCCAUUCUUGGGAUCAGUGUUUUUUGUUGGCAUACCCUGUAGGCCUACCCAUUCAGUCUCAACCUGAGGCCUCCAUCAAUGUUCCUGAAUGUGAAGGAUAACAUCCAAUUUCCAAGAUGGAAUCCUCCUCACAGCUGCUAAGAGUUAGCAUCAUCAGGGUCAAUUGAUAGCUUUGCUGUACAUAGUGAAAUUGGAUAGCACAAAUCUUGAAUGAUUUUGGUGCCUUUGUACAUAUGUGCAUGCUAUGGAUUACCGGUUCAUCAUGUACCAAAUGUCUUCAAAGAUAAACAUGACUAUAAUUAAUACUCAAAUACAAUUAAUACUCAGCCAAUUUGUAUCGAGUGACGAUAGCAAUAUUAGGCUACAUGCAUGUUUGCAUAAUGCAUCAACCCCUUGAAUCAUGAAAAUGUGCCUCCAAUUCUCCACUAGUGGAAUGUAGGAAUACACUACACUACAGUUCAUGUUAUUCAUCUGUUUCAGAGUGCCGAGAUCGAGUAUUAAGUUAUAUGCUUACGUUUGACAAUCCUUUAGAAUUGUCUUUCAGAAUAUUCCUAGAUUUGAAGCAAUAACUACAUGUAGACCAAGCCAAUACAUUAUGAUUUGAAUGCCCCAAUUUCAUAAUAAUAAAAUUUCAACUGAAGGGAAGCUAGAGAUGUACUAGAGGUUGAUGGCCAGGACAUUGACUCUGGUGGUGAUACUCCUUGAUGUAAUGCCUAAUAAGAUGGAAUGUGAAGUAGGCAAGAUAUGUGGCAAUGGAUAGGUUACAUACUUAUAUUGGCUUGUUACUGAAUGGCAAAUAAAAAAAAUAAUGAAAAGAAAAAGAAGGGACCCACUCAAUGUUCAUGCAUAGACAGGGAGUGGAACAAGGAGAAUAUGUCAACCCGGGAUGUCAGCAUCUCCAUGGAUUGAAGCACACAUAAGCCUACAGUUGAGCCAUUAGUAGCUCCAUGGUAGCUCCAUGCAUGUAGUGUUAAGUUCUAGGGAAAAUUACAUUACAGUGUAGGCUACAUCAAGGCCAAAAUUACUGGGAAAAUAUCUAUAAACAUUUUAAUAUUUUAAAAUUUAAAAUUUGGUGAGAUGGAGGAGGGACACAACUUGUCUGUGCCUCACUAGAGAUUACAAGUAUCCAGAAUUCAAAAUUAGAGUAUUCUUUUAGACUCUCCCCUCCCCCAUAAGGAGAUAAAAAAAAAAACCUCAUCUGCUAUUAGCAAUUGAAUCUGAAAUCGAGUCACAAAUUUGAAUAACUAAACAGAAGUUGUUUAUGUUUAAGAACAGUAUCCCAUUAAAACUACCUGAAUUAUUUGAUUUUUGUGCUUUAAAGACCCUUGAAAGCUUUCAUGUUGUCAGGGGAAAUGUUUGACAACUCAAGAUAUUCUGUUGUAGUUCAUCACUUCUACCAAGUACCACUUCUUGUAAUUUAAUGAAUUGAUCAAAUAUCACAGUAGACUGAGACAAGACUGUAUGGGACAGACUCUGACAGUGUACAGAAGCCUACUUCUGAAUUCUGCUGGAAUCAAUAUAUAAUUAAAUGUUUUCAAUUUUGUAAUUGAGGAAUCUUGUCAUUGUUGCAGAUCUUUUUGUCAUUAGAAUUAUAAAAACAUUAAUUUGAUAAAUGGGCCCGAGGCAAUACCAGUUUUGUGGUUCCCCACACUUACUGUAGUCAUCGCACUGAUCGAUCAGACAGAAAAUGCUAUUUUUUGUUAAUUAAAAACCAGACAAAUUAUUUGAAAUUUUAUUAGAUGAAAUUUGCCUGCGGCAUACUGUAUGUGUAGAGAAUAGAUUGUUCUUUGUGAAAAAAAUCACAAUUCAAUUUAUUAGACACCUUUUAUAACCAUCCAAUGAAUUAGACUUAAAUUCUAAUUGGUUAAAAUAGUUUGUGGUAAUGUGGUAUACAAGUUGUCUCAACUCCAAAGGAAUAAUAUCUCAAUAAUAAGAUGAUUGAUACAUAUUACAUUCAAACAAUGAUCUUUACAUACAGGUAUUUUUGUUAAAUGAUUUACUAAAACUGUACAUUUACAUAAAAUGUACAUUUAAAAUGUGAAUUAUCGUUCUGUUAUCUUUACAUAUUUGAGACAGAAAAUAAGAAUUUGAAAUAUGUGAUAGAUUUUCUUUUACCCUUAUUUCAUAUUUUCCAAUAGACCCUAAUUGUCUCGCACAUAGGCCUCAUUAAGUAAAAAAUUACAUGUAUGUUGGCACACUGAAAUUGUUCUCUCUUCUUAUAUGCAAGCUUGAAAAUCAGUAAUAUUUUACAUACGUACCCUCUUCUAUUAGUUCAACACUGUCUUAAAUAUUUCAAUUUGUUGUUAUCAAAUUUUAGAACUUUGAGAUGAGAAAAUUUGAGAUGCGUACAGGGGAAAUAUUUAAGUUGGGCAUUUGAGUGACAUCAUGGUGCAAUGAGUGACAGAUUGAUAUGUACAUGUACAUGUCUGUAAUCAUGAUAUUAGAGUGGAUGGGAUGUGAUGACCAUUUAAUGGCUGUUGCAUGUGUGUUAACCAUUACCAAUUCUUCCUUCUAAUUGAUUUGAAUUGUAUACACAUGCAUAUGCGGUUCCAAUUACUCUAUGGUUCAUGGAGGUGUCUCCAUAUUGGCAUAUAAUAUAAUUCAUUUGCAAUCUGCAGUUAAACCACUGGCACAUGCAAACUCAUUUCUUUUUAAUGUGAUAAUAUAUUUUGCUUGUGGAUUCUUCAACCAACCAAUUUAAAUUACAAGUGUAUUAUUUUUAUGUCGGUUUCCCUGUAUAUUAUUAUUUCAAAGCGAACCACAAACUUUAAAGCUUGAAAUUAAGCGUAGAGAUUCCCUGAAAAGUGAUACAAAUCCAACAAGGCUGAGACACCUUUUGCUUUGCAUUCACAACGGGUUUGGCCGUUACCGACAGCAAAUAUUGUUUGACCACCGCCAGAAUUGUGUGUAAUUGAAGAGAAACCCUUCAAAACUUCUCUGGUCAUCUCAGCAAAUACUCCUCAACCUUUAAUCUUCAUUGCGCUUGCAUGGUACAUGUAGUUUUACUGUUGUUGAGUCUGGUUCAUUCAAAUGUUUGAUUAGUAGUGCAGAGAAAACAAUAGAGCAUGGAGAAGAGGAGAAGCAUCUUGAAUGCGGCAAGAAGCAAAUAGGGUAAAAAGCUUGAAUGAUUCAGGCAAAAUCAUGAGGGCCAAGUCUUAACACAAAGCUUAUGGAUGAUCUUUGUCUUCAUCUGGAUCUGAUACAUUUUUACCAUUGAUGCAUCAUUGACCUUUAUUCUUAAUCAUUCUUAAAAUUGAUUGUAAGAUUGAAAUCAAUUGAAUGAUCAGUUGCUAUUAAAGCUUUGUGUCAUGUGAUCCAAAUUCUCUGUUGCUGCAGUGUUUCAAAUACAUGUAGGCUACACUCAAAAGGAUUGGUAAAAUGACCAUUCUCUUGUGUAAUACAUUUGUGUCCGACCGAAUUGGUCAACUCAAAAUCAACCAAAUUCCUGGUAGAUUGUAACCAAUAAUUUGGUUGAUUUUGACCUUUUUUUUUCUCAGUUGGACACAUGUAUUAGCCAAGAGAACAUUUUUGACCAGUCAGGACUUUUUUAGAGUGUACAUGUGUGUAGUCUUCUGAAUGUAAAUGCACAUAUUAGAUUGAAAAAGCCAGAAAUGAACGCAGAAAACUUCCUAAAGUUUUGUGACUAAGGGCAAGAAUCUCAACAUCAAUUUUUUUACAACAAUUUUCAGUACCGGUUCAUCAUUAUCUAAAUUGAAAAAAAAAAUACAUGAAAAAAUGUUGAUUGUGGUUUAUGUUAUUCAAAAAUCUCUAGUAAGUUCUGUUUCAAAAAAGAUUUGAAUUAUUACUCUCACUUUUUUUUUUUGGGGGGGGGGGUAGAAUUAAUGCACUUGUAGGCCUAAAACAUUACAAAACAAGGAGAGCAAAGAUGACACACAGGUCACCUGUAUCAACUCAAGCCUCAAGGAAUAUUCAAUUUCUGAGAAAUUUGUAUUCAUCUAUUAAGUAUUUGUAUGAAUGAUUUUAAUUGAAGUCUUUGUCAAGUGUUUACAUAUCACUUCAAGACAUUGAGGUUAAUACUGUAAAGACAAGGUGACCUGACGGGAAGAGAUACAUGUAUUUGUUACAUUGGUUUCUGAAGAAAAAAACAAGCAAAGGCAGGUGGCAAAAGAUGAAUCAAGUAGUACUGUACAUGAUACAUACAUACAGGCCAGAAGUUGAUGGGUAUUUGCGGAUAGAUGAAAUUCAUACAUCUGAAAACUUAUUGUAACAUGUAUAAAGCUCACUAUGGACCACCCUGUUAUAAACAAGUGUACUUGAAAAUGAAAUAACACAAAAGGCCACAUGCAGAGAGAUGAAAAGACUCUGUAAAAAUUGAUAAUUGUUUGUGAAAUUCUUUUAGAUCAGACCAUUGACCCUCUGAGGUGUGGUCAAACCAAUGGUCAAACUGACCGAAUGAAUUCUUUCCUUAACCUUGCACUAACCAGACACCGCAUUGUCAGUUAGAAAUCAUCCCGCAAGAUAUAUAUCAUUGGCGUCACAAUAUUCUUUCUAUAAUUUAUACCAUAGCUUUUUUUUUUAAGGGGUGCACUUCACCCAAAUCCUACAGUAUUCACCCAUAUCGAUCUGAGGGUACAAAUGUAAUCAAUAUUAUUGAUCAGUGUGUCUUCUGAAUUCUAUUCAGCUUUCCACCCAAAGAAUACAACGUCCAUGGGAUGCCACCAUUUUGGUUCUUCAUAGACUUAGUUGCAAUGAUGCUUCUAUUCAUGGCAUAUUGGCACCCCGAAGCGUACAUCUGCUUUGUAUUUUAAACAUAAACACCAACUAACAAAAAAGAGUCUUGGAUGGAUUUAUACUAAUGUUUUCAAAAGAAAGCUAAUUACAGAUUUAAAGGUAGAAAUAAACAUAUCCUUUCGUUGGUUAAAAAUCAUGAUGUAUACAUUCUCAGUGUACAUUGUAAAGUUGAUAGAAUUUUCCUUCAAUAUCAGCGAAACACAGUGCUCACAUUUAUUGGAACUUUAAAAAAAUGGUAUAAAGAUGAACAGUACACGUAUAUGCUCAAAAGAUUGUUAUGACAUUUUGUCACUUUUCAAAUUGUUGGUUUAUCUAACACAUAAUCAAUCAAAAUGGAUUGAUAUUCUCUCACAAUGUCUUAGAAAUUUUUCAUUGGUAAAACAAUAAUUGAUUACCCAUUACACAUCUUGUAACAAACUAUUUCGUUGAGCUGCCUUUUCUGAAACAAAACAAGCGGUAUUAGUCACUGUUCCAAGUCAAACAACAGAUAACACAUUUAGCAAUGUGCUUAUUAAUCCUGUUAAUUACCCCGACCGUAACCCAAAUCAUUCCUAAUAAUCAUUCACCUUGCCGCCAGGAGAGGCAAUGUGUUUACCAAAUAACCGCCAUCUGACUACAUGAGAAUGUUAAUAGCAGGAAACAAUUAGCUGAAUAUUGUCAGUUCAUAUUACCCAACUUCGUCUUAUACUGCAUGGUAACUAAUUAAGGAAGGUGUCGGAUGAUAGCCAAAGAGGCUUGAGUUAAUUUUCUUUGCAACAAACUCAUUAGCAGGUGAAUAUUUCAUCUACUGGGAAGAAGAUUCCAUUUCUAAUUCCAUCUCUCUAUGGAGGUUUCAUAGAAUAUGAUAUUUACAUGUAGAUUUUUCUUUCUUUGUUUUAAUAAAUGAAAUGUAUGUUUGAAAUGAAAAGCAAUGAACAACACAACUAUUUUUGCAGGAGCUUGAUGUAAUUCACAAGUCUGUGUGCUCAUACAUGUACUGAACGUGUACAUUUGUACAUGGGGAAGGGGGGGGGGGGUCAAAUGGGGAAAAAUUUCUUGUUUUUCCAGCAUACCAGCCGUGCAUGAAUCCAAAUCUGCUAGUAUGGUGAUUUGACAGGAUCAAGAAAAAACCCAUUAAGAUUAACAAACAGCCAGAAAAGCCUCAAAAUCUGUCUCGGUCAUUGUUGUUUGGGGCUUCACGCAGAGACCCAACAAAGAACCUGAAGAUUUUGUUCAAGAAUUUGCGCAAGUAUUUAGUGGGGUUUUGGAAGUUUGUGGCAUGUAAAAUAAGAAAACAACAACUAGAAGUGGGGGGGGGGGGGGGGAUUGUGGAAAACCUUCAAUCAUUCCCUUCUCUGCCUAAAGUGUGUGUUUUCUAGCCUUAUUGCUUUAAGAAAAGCAAACUAUGAGUUUUAUGAGGUGUGAAGAGGUGUUUAAAAGGGAAAAGGAUAUCAUGCUGUUUCUUAUUGAAAAUUGGUGGUAGAAUUUGUUAGUGUUGGAGCUUACAGUAUGUUUGUAUAGACUUCUUCAAGCAUUUUAUGAUUGGACUGCCUAUUAAAAAUAAAUUGGUAUUUUAUAGAUUAGACAAAGUAUGACUACUCAUUAUAAUUACAGUAUAUGCAAUAAAAUUCACAGUUUCCAUAAAUGCAUUUCAUUUGUAUCAAUAAACUAGACUUGCUAAAUGCUAGUUGCUUCCAUGUGUAUUCAAUAAUUUAAGUCACAAUCAUGAAAUAACAUUAGGUGUUUUAAGAUAGAUUAUUAUUAUUUGCUUCAGAGAUCAAAGUACAUGCAGAGAUUACAUUUUAUACCUGUAUGUACAUUGACUAUGUAUAGCAUGUAUAAACUUAGGUGAAGAAAUCUCAUUCUCCCAUAUUUCUUGGGGACAUUCGCUUUAUUGGAGUUUGAUAACAGUUAUGGAACCAAAGACUCAAGUUCAUGGUGAGUUGCUUGUAAAAUAAAUAAUAAUCUUGCAUGAAGUUAUUAAAGGCCACCUUUGCUGUGAAGCAACAAUAUUUACAAUAUCUAUGCUACAUGUACAUGUACAUGUAAGUUUAAAAAGCAUCUUGUAUUGCUUUGCAUUGGGAUUCAUCUCAAGAUGGAUUUCUUAAAAUAAAACAUAAACAUUUGAUGUGUAGUUAUUGUAAAAUUACUGUCAUGUCCCUUUUUAUUUGUUUUAUUAUCAAACAUUCAGAUUGUAUCACAAUAUUUACAGGUAUCCAAACUAGGAACAAAAUUACAUGCAAUUAACAGAUUUAUAAAAGGUUAACACUGAUAGAAAGUAAAAAAGAUGAUGGUUGUUAUAUACUCUGAUCAAAUUUAGACAGAUGACUAUAAAAUUUAUUUACACUUAUACAAUGAACAUCUUGUCAUUAUUCAUUAUAGAAUUUUAAGUGUAAUUAUAUAGUUGUAAAAUUCAAUAAGCAUGAAUGUAACUCUUGAAACAUGUCAAUGCAAUUUGCUAGGUAGGCCUACCUUUAAUAUUUUAUGCAAUCUUCAGCUAUAAAAAAAAAAUUCAAAUAAUUUUCACAUUUUCCAACAUCAAAGUUCUCUGGACUAAUCCUUUUUUAUUUGUUCUCCUGAACAUUGCUCAGUAUUGUUUAUAUUAUGUGUUUUUAUAUGUUGGAAAUGUUUCUGUUCAAGAUGCUUAUUUUAGGCUAUGAAAACAUCCGAGAUUGUGGAAUAGUCAUGUUCAUCUACGAUCCAUCAACUUUUUUGUAGGUAUGUUUGUCAGCAUAAUCAAAACUAGACUGACAUAUUUUAAAAGAUUAUUACAAUUUUUUUCUUUUGUAAAUGAUGCGUUGUAUAUUUUUAGAAGCAGAUGGUCAGUUCUACAUAACCAAAAUGAAAUUCCUGAAUAUCAAUACAUCCUCAGUUAAUCAAACAAGUGGAUUUAUAAUCUUUUUAUUUCAGUCAGAGUCAAUUGAAAUGAACUAUAUGUAAUAUAUUGUUUCUUUAUAAUGUUCGAAGUUUUGGAAUUAGGAAUACUAAAUAAAAGAUUUACUGACUAUAGUUUUAUGUGAUAUGUAAUUGAAUCAAAACUUAAAAGAAAAGAACAUUGAUAAAAGAGCCAUAUGUUCAAUUGCUUUUCAGAGAUACAAUCAUAUAUCUCACAAAAACGUGAAAGCCACAAUUUGCUCAAAAUUACAUAGGCAAAGAGAUAUUUAGAAUGGAAACUGAUAAUUUUUAUAUGAUUUUUCACAAUCAUACCUGUAGAUCAUUGAGCUAUGACUUGUAUUUGUCUUUUGAGUGUGAGAAAAAUUGAAAACAUAUUGCCAACGUUUACCCCGGCUGCUUCCCUGUAGCAGAUUAGAUAGAUAAGAUUGAUAAAUCUGAUAGUGGUGAUGAUUUGGUGUUCCACUACACUUACUCUACACAAAACCGCAGAGUGUCGGCACUAAUGUUGGGGGCAGGAGUAGAUUUUGGUCAGAUUGUUUAUUAAAGUUAUCAGAAUCUGUGGAAUUUUCUUUUGAUCACUAUCAGGAUUAGAGAAAAGAAUGGAAUUGUGUGCAUGACAAAAAGAGAGGAUUGGAAAUUAUUUUUCAUCAUUAGUUCCUGUCAUAAAAUGAUUAAGAUCAAGAUCUAAAAAACUACACAAACUCUGAUAUACAGUAAAGCCUGCGAGCUUACUUCUGGGAUACAAAUCUUAUACGGGAUAUUUGAGUGGUUUCUAGUUUUUGGGUUGCUGUGGGAAAUCUGGACUUUUAUUUAAUUUGUUUUAUAUUCAAAUACCAUUUAUUGUGUAACAACCUUCUGCUGAAAGUAUGCAAUCACUUCUUUGAUGCCCUAAGUUUGCACUUUUUAAAUUUAAACCAAAAUAGAUUCUGAAAAUAAACAUUGAAAUGAAUCGUCUAGCAUGUAACUCAACCUCCUUGUAUACUGAGGUGGGAUGUGCUAUAGUGUAACACCUGCAUUUUGUUAUAAAAAUCUUAAUCUAGUCCCUUAAAAUUAAUGCUAUGCAGUAUGAAUGAACCCUUGAGAGUUCUCUGAAACCCUUCAAACUUUCAGAAAAGGGAGACCUUUUUCAUCAGUGUUCCACUUCUAUUUCUACACUUUCUAAUGAAGAUGGUACGUGUACGUGAUCAAAGCCAUUCACUCAGAAUAUAUCUAUGAAAUAGAGGAAGAUGAUAUGAAAACAAUAGCAAACAAAGGAAGCGAUAGCCCAUGAGGCAUCAUGACCUUGUUGCUUUUGAUGUACUGUUAAACUAAAUCCGGCUGUUGGGAGCUUGCUGGAGCUAGCUGGAGUAAUGCAGAGAAUAUUGACUCCAGAGUGAGAUGUAGAGACAGGCAGAGGGGAUUGAGAAGAAAAUGGAAUGAUGGUGGAAAUGUUUCUAGGUCAACUCAUAUUGGAGUAAAGUUCAAAUUAAUUUAUUUCUAUUUUUCUUCAAUACCUAGAUCUAGCACGGUAUGAUAGUUCAAUAGUGCUUCCCUCAAUUCUAUUAUUGCUUUUUUUUCCUACUUAAAAAAUAAAAAAUGCACAUAAUCAUCCGGUGACAUGACAUUUGCUCCAGGCUUAAUUUCGUCAAAGAUGUAGGGUUAGGUUGCAAUUGGGUUUUAUGUUAGAUUUAGGUAUAACGUAGGGUAUGGUAUUACAUCCAAGGUUGAAGUUGGUCAUUCAACAUGUAGUGUGUGGAAUUUAGAGCGGAGCAAUUGUCACCAGAGCAAAUGUCAUGGAACCUUAAACAUCCAUGUAGAUUUCAGGUAUCACAAUCAUUUUUUUUACAUGUAUCUUUAAGAAGUAGAGGGGCAAAAAACAUGUUCUUUAUUCAUAUUUAUUGUAGUGCACUACUGCACUUGAACAUGUACUUGUAUGGCAAGAAUGCCUUUUGUAUCCAUCGUCUGUGCAUGUAGAAUCACACUGUUGGAUAUCAGCAGGCGUUCAAAUAACUAUCUAUUUUAGGAAGAGAAUCUAGUUGUGGGGAUAUUGUUAAAUCCUUCUAGCAUUUUGGCUGUAUUACUGCAGGGGAGCAUCUCAUGAUCCCAUCUUGCCAGCAAUCUUCACUGAUAAGUUUGAUCCCAACCAAUCACAUAUAAGAAUUUCAGUAGCUUGUAACAGUUUUCAUUGAUUAUUGCUGAUAAAAAGCUCCAUGAAACUCUCCCUUUGCUCCAUGUGUAUAACCAUUGUCAAGGUCAGGAAAUGAUUUCCCCUUGACUCCAAUCUAGCCAAGCCAUCUACAGUAGAUGUAGAAAGGGUAUUCUAAAUGAAUGCAUCCAAUGUAUAUAUUCAGCUGCCAGUGAAUUUGUUCUUCCCAUAUGCCUGGGUGUUUUGUUUAAAUGCAUUUGGUAUGGGUUUACGUGAAUAUGGAAAGUGUUUCUUUUCAUGCACAUGCACAUGUUCCCCGGCGAUGAAUGCAAUGCAUGAAUACGUACAUGUACAUGUAAAAUUUGCAAGUUGCCACAAUUGAGAUUAUGUUUUACAAUGCACCUCAUCUAGUCAAGAAUACAAACCACACUUUUUCAAUUUUCAGAUGUUUUUUUUUUGGAAGGGGUGGGGUGGAUGGGGUGUUAGGAGGUAUAAAGACAGUGUAAAUAGACAUACUGUACACGUAGCUUCAAAUUAAUUGGUCUUUUACUCUUGCUAUAUGAAGUUCAGUCAUAACAUUCAUAUUAUUUGAAUGAAAUAACCAUGUAGUAUGACUUUUGAUUUCUUUGAUAAAUCUACUACACCAAUGUUGUCAAUUGACAUUUAUUUGCACAAGUUGCCUUGAAUACACUUUAAGAAUUGGAAAGGAUAGCAUAGUAGAGAUAUGAAUAAGACACUCUAUCUUAUGGCAUCCUUUAUUCAUCUGUUAUUAUCAUCUGAGCUGUGCCGACACUGAUAGGGGCUGUUCUAAAGUAGUUCAGGUGAGCCGCUCACUAGCUCUGGAAUGCUCAUAAGUGAUACCUCAUUCACACAAUGAAUUUCUCUAUACAACCAUGCAAAUUUAUUCUGGUAUAUAAUUUAUCUUCUACAGCUAAUUUAUUUGCUUUCAGUUUUUACAAUUUUGUACUUUGAAAUAUC